AUGCCAAAUCCCAGCAAGGAUGACACCAAUGAUGAGGACUCCCUUCAGUGGAACUUUUUCGGGGCUCUCCUGUACUCGAUAAUAGUCAUCACAACCAUUGGUUAUGGGAAUAUAGCACCGAAAACCAAGAUCGGGAAGAUCGUGACCAUACUGUACGCCAUAGUAGGCAUACCUCUGAUGCUACUGUUCCUGUCAAACAUAGGCGACGCUAUGGCCAACUCGUUCAAGUUUCUCUAUUGGAAAGUCUGUUGCAUUUUAUGUGUUGCACCCAAAAAACACCGGCGCCGACACAGACACCGGAGCCGCAAACAGAAACACGUCCACCGGAUAACCAUGCAAUCCUUGGCCUCCGGCGUAGACAAUUCGGUGGUAGUCAAUGAACCGGCCCCGCAGUACCAGUCCCUACCCAGGAUGACUACUGUGGCUAAUAGACAGUCGCAUAGGGCUAGCAGUGAGCGAAACUUGGCUGCCGUUCCCAUUAUAUGCAAUAUGUAUGCGCUUCAGGAGAAUGGCUUUAUGGAGAACAGUAUUGAUCAGAAUACCGGCGCUUAUGAUCCCUACACCAGUCGACCAUUUUCUACGUUACCCCGCAAUUUAGGUCUGUCACCAAUCGGUAACUCAAUCGCUUUUCAGAGUACAGUUCCUCAUCAGCGAGAGGCCGACGAGAGUGACUACUACUCCGAUGAGAGUAUAGAAUCGGAUUCCGAGAUCCGGGACAUACCUAACGUUCCCAUAACCCUAUGCUUGGCACUGGUAGUCGGCUAUAUAUGCGGCGGGGGCUUCCUAUUUCAGUUCCUGGAGAUGUGGACCUUUUUGGACGCCUCCUACUUCUCAUUCGUCACAUUGACUACCAUAGGGUUUGGCGAUUUAGUGCCGGGAACGGCUGUUUUCUCGCGCGAAGACGCCCAGACUAUACUGGGUAUCUGUGCUCUGUAUCUGCUGUUUGGUAUGGCAUUACUGGCCAUGUCUUUCAAUUUGGUCAAAGAGGAGGUCACCAAAAAGAUCCGGUUCAUCGGUAAACGGAUCGGUAUUCUCACCAAUGAUGAGAGCGAUUACGAUAGCGACUGA